ACAAAACUUCAGGACAGGUCCAGGUGAAAUAUGGAGGUGAAAGAGCACAUAAUGCUGAUACUUUUUAAAAAAGAUAGUAUAAUUUGUUACAGAUUCUUGUUUGCUUUUAUUUCAGACUGCCCCUGUGAUGUUUCCCUAUGAAUAAUUUCCUGUAACAGAGGUCAAGGUUAACACAGACCUCCACUUUCCAGUGCAGCCCGGUGUCUGGUGGUGUCCUGUAAAACGGACUCCAAGGUUACAAAGAAAGAGACGGCAGUCCGGUACUUUAGUGAGUGGAACAGGAAUUGUUAUUGGUGUAUCAGACAAAGGUAGAUUCUCCACAUAUUUCCAAGCUCUGAUGGAGGUUAAUUUGGCGAUGGCAGAGUUGCGAUAUGAGGAUUACUUCAAACCUCCUCCCAGUCUCAGAACUCAGUCCUCCUCCUCAUCCUCAACUCUGGAGACUGCAUCCUCUUCUUCUCUAUAUCCCCUCAGCAGUCCCACAUCUUCUGCCAAGAGGAAGAAACUCAAAGCAAAAAGAGAUAAAGAGAGAGGAGGAGCCGUGCCAAAGAGAUCCACCACUGCUCAGCGGAAGAGCCGUGCCAAAUAGAUCCACCACUGCUCAGCGGAGGAGCCGUGCCCAAGAGAUCCACCACUGCUCAGCGGAGGAGCCCAAGAGAUCCACCACUGCUCAGCGGAGGAGCCGUGCCCAAGAGAUCCACCACUGCUCAACGGAGGAGCCGUGCCCAAGAGAUCCACCACUGCUCAGAGGAGGAGCCGUGCCCAAGAGAUCCACCACUGCUCAGCGGAGGAGCCGUGCCCAAGAGAUCCACCACUGCUCAGCGUACAAGUGA